AUGGAGGAAUUGAACGAAGAGCAACAACAACCACCUGUUGAAGGUGUUACUAAUGUUGAGGGUUUUUCAGGCGAACCCCAUGACACAUCAGUUUUUAGAGAUAUUGAAAAUCACAUUGUUUUGAGAGUUUGGAAUGGACAGAUAGCUAAGUUCGGGAGGCCUGCUCCAGAGAUUGAAGGCUUUGUGGCUGCCAGCGGAGUAAGUCCUUUGAUCACAUGUUCCCUAGAUACGAGAGAUCGAGGACUAAUAUAUGCUUUUGUGGAACGUUGUCAUAAGGAAACUAGUAGUUUCCAUUUGCCCAUCAAAGAAGUGACUAUCACCUUGGAUGACGUGGUGUCGUUGCUACAUUUGCCUAUUGUAGGGGCAUUCCAUACCUUCGAGCAACUUCAUGUCGACAAUGUUGUCAAUAUGUUGGUGGAAUUACUCAAGGAUAAUUUAAAUAAGGCAUCAAAGAGCACAGCGAGGCAGCUUGCAGGAUAUAUCACUCUGUUACAAUGUUGGAUCUACGAGCAUUUCCCGUCUGUUGGUUCUACCCUAGCUGCUAAGGAUUAUGACGAGAGGAGACUGCGUGCAUUCCGAUGGACCUCUGGCAAGGCAUUACCUGUGUUGAUGUAUCACAAGUGUCUGGAAAGACUGAUGUUGUGUGUUGGAUUCCAUAUGACUAUUCCGCCACAUCUUGUUGCGCCUUCAGCUUUUGUUGAAGAAAUGGAUGCUAGAUGGAUGCAGUUCGAUGACUACAUUGCACAUUCAGGGGAUCCUCCUAAAGUUUUGCCAGUUCAGCAAUAUGACACAUUUGUUGAACCACAUGGGCAUCAACAACCAGUGGCGGCAGUGGCACCUGAUGAAGAAGACUUUGAUGUGCAUCAUCCUGGACAUGCAAUGGAUGGUUAUGUAGCAAUUGCUGAUAAGUUGGAGAGGCUACUAAACCUGAGGAUCCUGACCGAAGGAACAGAAGCCUAUAUUGUUGCUGAAGAAUGUCUGAGCAUCACAAGAAGCUACAUUGGCCAACCAACUAUAGGUCAUAGAUCAAGGCAUAGGUGGCGUACAGACGGAGGUGGAACAUGCCACGUCAACACGACUUUGUGGGUUAUUCGUUCACAGAAAAAAAUCCAAAAAGAUUUGACAUUUCUUCAGGAUGUAGCAUUGACAGACUGGAGGAUGUGA